AUGGGGAUGAUCAGUAAUAGUAAAGUGGCUUGGAACCUUGUCCUCAUCAUCCUGAUUCGGAAGGACUCCUACCUACUUACACCCAUGUACUUCUUCCUUAGUAACUUAUCCUUCUUAGAUUUCAGCUAUGUCACCUCCAUAAUGCCCAAAAUGCUCUCCAACUUCUUCCAGAAGCCUAAAUCCAUCUCCUUUAUGGGGUGCACCAUGCAGUACUUCUUCUUCUCUAGCAUAGGUCUGAUUGAAUGCUGCCUUCUGGUAACCAUGGCUUAUGGUCGAUAUGCUGCUGUUUGUAAUCCUCUUCUCUACAAAGCCAUCAUGCCCCCUAACCUCUGUGUGCAUAUGGUGGUUGGAGCUUAUGUAACUGGCAUCUUUGGCUCAUUGAUCCAGCUGUGUGCUUUACUUCAGCUCAAUUUCUGUGGACCAAAUACUAUUCAUCACUUUUUCUGUGACCUGCCUCAGUUACUAGUCCUCUCCUGCUCUGAAACCUUUUUUCUGUAAGCCAUGAAGUUUGUGAUCGCAAUGAUAUUUGGCGUCUCAUCUGUCUUGGUUAUCAUCAUAUCCUACGGCUGUAUUGUUGCCACCAUCCUAAAGAUCAGCUCAGUUGAAGGAAGGUCCAAGGCCUUCAAUACCUGUGCUUCUCACCUGACAGUAGUGACCUUCUUUUUUGGAUCAGGACUCUUUGUCUAUAUGCAUCCCAGCUCUGAGUACUCUCUAGGCUAUGAUAAGAUGGCAUCAGUCUUCUACACAGCAGUGAUUCCUAUGUUGAAUCCUUUGAGUUACAGUUUGAGGAACAAGGAGAUCAAAGAUGCACUUAACAGGUAUAAGAAGAGAUUGACUCUCCUGCACAAUGAUCUCACAAAGCAGUUAUCAGGUUUUUAUGAAGUAGCAGCCUUCAGUUCUUUGGUGUUUGACCCUUAUGUGCUCUUUCAGAACUUCAGACUAAAGGACCGAAGAAAUGGGAGUAAACCCAAAUUCAAUAGUCUUUCUCAUACACAAUGUCAUGAGCAGUAUAAUGACCACUGGGUCCCAGACUUCAAACUCUUGGGGCACUUGGGCAAAUUCCAGUUGCUUAAGAUGAAAACAUGGAGAGAAGUAUAA